AACGAUUAAAUAAUUAUUUUUAAUUUCAGUCUUCUUAGAGUAGCAAUAUGGACAGUAACGGAAUUAUUCCUGACGUUGUUGACUUUGUUCCAGAGAAAAUUGCAACUGUAACAUAUCCUUCUGGAGUGAUAGUUGAACCAGGCAAGGAAUUAACACCAACGCAGGUUAAAGAUAUACCAAAUAUAACAUGGGAUGCAGAGUCUGAUGGAAUCUAUGCUGUUUUAAUGGUCGAUCCAGAUGGACCAUCGCGUGAAAAUCCAAUCUAUAGAGAAUUUCUACAUUGGUCAAUUUGUAACAUACCAGGCAAUGAUUUAUCUAAGGGGCAAACUUUAUUCGAAUAUAUUGGUGCUGGGCCAUCAAACGGCACUGGUCUGCAUAGAUACAUUUUCUGGGUUUUUAAACAACCAGCAGCUUACCCAACAGAUCAAUUUGUAUCGAAAACAACCAUUGAAGGAAGAGCUAACAUUAAAACCCGGGAUUAUGUAACAAAGUUCAACUUAGGAAACCCAGUUGCUGGAAAUUAUUUUCUGGCUCAGUAUGAUGAAUAUGUUGAUACUCUCCAAGCGUCUUUAAAAACCACAGAAAUAAAAUAAAUUAUGGAUAAAAAUGCAUAAAUAAUUAAAAACGAACAUAUUUAAAAAAAUAGAAAAGUCAUUU